AUGCCAGGCCAAUUCCCUCCCUCGUCGCCCAUCGCGGCCUGUCCCGCAGACCCAGACGACCCUUUCUACCAGCCCUCCGAGAAGCACUCGCCUUCAACACUGAAGUUCUUCCAUAAAAAGAUCGCGCCUGUUGACCAUGAAUACCCCACUCCGCAUCCCUCCUCGACGCUCGGGCGGUCUUCCUCCCCGGUCAAAGCCCGAGACUCGCACGUCCUGGGAUCGCAGACACACUCCGACUACGAGCUCGAACAGGACCUGCGCCGUGAGCUAUCAUCCCGCGGAAGCGCGAGCGUCAGGCCCAUCCAAAUUCCUCUGAACUCUCGCCUCGAGACAAGGCUCUCUAUUGGAAGAAAGCAGGCCGCUUGCGACAUCGUCCUGCCCCGUCACAAAAACAUCUCGAGGCUUCACGCGUUCGUGACGUACUACCCGGAGUCCAGAGAGGUCAAGCUCGAGUGCAAAGGCUCGAACGGUCUCAUCGUCGCGUUCCCGCUCAAACUAGAUCUCGACCUCACCGUUUGCAGCCACCCAGAAAAGGCAUUUCGUCUGAUGAGGAGCAAGCCUGAGCAGCAACUGUCGUCAAGGGAAGUUGUUAAGAACGCCAAACUCACAUCUUUCGUGCUGCUGGAAGGAGAGUCCGUUCUUAUGCCCUACAUCGAUGGGACUCUUAUCGACUUUCGGCAUGCUGAAUGCGAGCUCGCCGUCUAUGAGCCUCUGGGUGACAGUGACGAUGACUCGCAGAAUGCUACAGAAACUGAAGAUGAGCUUCAGCCUUUGCAAAUUACAAGCGACGAUUUCGAGCCCCGCACCCCAGAUAACGAAGUGGUUCACAUUCCCCUGCACACCGCCUUUCCCCCAAAAUUACACGUUAAGGAGCGCUUGCUGUCACUUGAGCCUCAGCCUUUGCUGGCAGAACCCGCAACGCCUCUACAGCACAAAGAUACCAAAGAUACAACCUUGGAAGAGCAUAAAGAAAGCUUUGGCGGCGCGGUUGAAAUUGAAGAACCCAAAACUCCCCAGAGGCAAACACUCGACAGUCACUUUGAGAAGCAGGAUCCUCAAACACCGCUGUUGAAGACCGAGGCUAAUGCCAGGCGCCGCAAGCUUGCCUCACCAUCUCCCGAAAAGACACACAAAAGAAAGAACCAACAAAAGGUCUCCCCGCUGUCAGCAGAGGAGAUCUUACUAAACGUUUCAUCGCGGGGCGUCGACGUCCUGGAACUGCAGCACAUACUGGCUAAUCAUUUGGCUUUCUCAAACGUCCAGCAGGUGCCCUUCACCCAGCUUCGAGACGUUAAUUCGACAGUCUCGACUCUGGCGCCCAAAGAGCUAAGGGCGCUUCUCGAGGCUGAGCGCUGUAUUGGCGUUAUUUACCGCCAAGGCAAAGAUGCCGCGGGUAAACCUCUGGAUGAAGAGUACUAUUACGAUGUCGAAAACGACAGUGACGAAAAUAGAAGGCAAUUGGUGUCGGCACUGAAAGGUGGUAGGUCGAACCUGAGAAGUUGCAGGAGGGUUCACAAACAAUAUUUCUGGAAGAAACCGGCUAAAUAA